AUGUGUGGAAUUUUCGGAUAUAUCAACUAUCUCAUUGAGAAAGAUCGUGCCUACAUUAUUCAGACUUUGGUCAAUGGCCUUUCAAGACUCGAGUACAGAGGCUACGACUCCGCAGACUUCGAUCUCUCCAAGACCUUCGACUCCCACGCUGGUAUCGCUCACACCAGAUGGGCCACCCACGGGCCCCCAUCUAGACUGAACUGCCAUCCUCACAGAUCUGAUCCUAGCUGGGAAUUCUCCGUUGUCCAUAAUGGCAUCAUCACCAACUAUAAGGAACUCAAGGCCCUCCUCGAAUCCAAGGGUUUCCGCUUCGAGACUGAGACAGAUACUGAGUGCAUAGCCAAGUUUGCCAAAUACCUCUACGACCUCCAUCCAGAUAUCGAUUUCACCGUUCUCGCAAAGGCCGUCGUCAAGGAGCUGCAAGGUGCUUUUGGUUUGCUGCUGAAAUCAGUGCAUUACCCCCACGAGGUUAUUGCCGCCCGUAAGGGUUCUCCUCUGGUUAUUGGUGUCCGCACCUCCAAGAAGAUGAAGGUUGACUUUGUCGAUGUCGAAUAUUCCGAGGACAGUGCGCUCCCUGCCGAGCAAGCUUCUCAAAAUGUCGCCCUUAAAAAAUCAGCGACUACCCUGCUGGCUCCUCCAGAUAAAUCCCUCCUACACCGUUCGCAAUCCCGUGCCUUCUUGUCUGACGAUGGAAUCCCCCAGCCUGCUGAAUUUUUCCUUUCCUCUGACCCAUCCGCCAUCGUCGAGCAUACCAAGAAGGUGCUCUACCUCGAAGAUGACGACAUUGCCCACAUCCACGAGGGCCAAUUGAACAUCCACCGCCUCACCAGGAAUGACAGCACCUCCAACGUCCGUGCCAUUCAGACCAUUGAGCUCGAACUCCAGGAGAUCAUGAAGGGAAACUUCGACCACUUCAUGCAAAAGGAAAUCUUCGAACAGCCCGAAUCAAUCGUCAACACCAUGCGCGGCCGUCUAGACGUUGCUAACAAGAAAGUCACAUUGGGUGGGCUAAGACAGUACAUCACUACCAUCCGCCGUUGCCGACGCAUCAUUUUCAUCGCAUGCGGCACCAGCUACCACUCCUGCAUGGCCGUCCGCGGCGUCUUCGAGGAGCUCACCGAAAUUCCCAUCGCCGUCGAGCUGGCCUCCGACUUCCUUGACAGACAGGCUCCUGUCUUCCGUGAUGAUACCUGCGUCUUCGUUUCCCAGUCCGGCGAAACAGCUGAUUCCCUCAUGGCGCUCCGAUACUGCCUCGAGCGAGGCGCGCUGACGGUCGGUAUCGUCAACGUUGUCGGCUCGUCCAUUUCCCUCCUCACACACUGCGGCGUGCACAUCAACGCUGGCCCCGAAAUUGGUGUCGCGUCCACAAAGGCCUAUACCUCGCAGUUUGUCGCAAUGGUAAUGUUUGCACUAUCUCUGAGUGAAGACCGGGCUUCCAAACAGAAACGGCGCGAGGAUAUCAUCGACGGCCUGUCUAAACUCUCCGAUCAGUUCCGAGAGAUUCUGAAACUGAGCGAGCCUAUCAAGGAAAUGUGUGCCAAGCUCUUCAAGAAUCAGAAGAGUUUAUUGCUGCUGGGUAGAGGAAGCCAAUACUCCACCGCCUUGGAGGGCGCCCUCAAAAUCAAAGAAAUCUCUUACCUCCACUGCGAGGCCGUCAUGUCGGGCGAACUCAAACACGGCGUCCUUGCUCUUGUCGACGAAAACCUACCUAUCAUCAUGAUUCUGACCCGCGACGGGAUCUUCAAGAAAUCCCUAAAUGCAUACCAGCAGAUCAUCGCCCGCCGUGGCCGCCCCAUCGUCAUCUGCAACGCAGGCGACGAAGAAUUCCCUGCCUCGGAAACCGAACGCAUCGAAGUACCAUCAAACGUGGAUUGUCUGCAGGGUCUACUGAACGUCAUCCCCCUGCAGCUGAUCGCGUAUUGGUUGGCUGUUGCGGAAGGGUUGAACGUGGAUUUCCCACGCAAUCUGGCCAAGUCCGUUACUGUUGAGUAG